AUGGCUGGAGAACACGGAAAUAACGAUAAUUCUAGUGUCAGUACUUUGCAAGCCGCCGUCGUGGAAAUACGGCGUUUGCAGACUCAAAUUGCGGCCAUUGAGGCCGAAAGAGCACAUGAGAAAGAAAAAGCGAAAAUGAUUUCAAAAGAGGAGGAAGGAGAGAGCGUCAUGGACGUACAACCUUUGGCACAACAUUUAUGGGAUACUCAAGUCUUAGAAGCAAUAAAGGUUCCUCACCUUCCUACUUUUGACGGAAAAACGGACCAUCGGGAGCAUUUGAUGGCAAUAGGAACACAAACUGCCAUAAUCAACGCUUCGGAACACCUAAAAUGUAAAUUACUAGCCGGUACCUUUAAGGACGUAGCCUUGCGUUGGUAUAUGAACCUUCCAAGGAAUUCAAUAGAAAGUUACGCUGAUUUUCACAAAAAGUUCAUCCACCAAUUCGCCGGAUCAAAACACGUGAAAGUCACGUCAACUAGCCUUUUUUCCAUUCGCCAAAACCACAGCGAAUCGUUACGCAGCUUUCUCGCCAGAUUCAGCGAGGCCACCAUUAAGGUUUCGAAUCCAAACCAAGAGAUGUUCGUGGCGGCUUUCCACAAUGGAUUGAGAGCAGGGCAUUUCAACGAAUCCUUAGCCCAAAAACCAGCAUCAUCGAUGCAGGAGGUAAACAAGAGAGCGGAGUGUUACAUAAAGGGCAAAGAGAGCAACGCCGAGAAAAGGCAAAGAGAUGCCAAGGAGAAAGAAUAUGUGGGCCGUACUACUAAAGCGCCAGAUCACCAGCGACAAAAGGCUGGAGGCCAUCAAGGAGACUCAUGGCAAAGGCGCCAUGGUAAGCCCUACCAUCAACCAUCAAGGAGAGAGUUCAGGAACCAUCCCGCCAGUGGAGAAUUUACGCCAUUAAAUACUUCAAAAGCUUACGUGUUAGACGAAAUUCUUGCCAGCGGUUUGGCAAACCUCCCCGCCAGAAGAACCAACAAUAUCCCCAUGGGGCUCGACGACAGCGCUUGGUGCUCCUAUCACAGAUGCAGAGGUCAUUCCACGGAGAAGUGUUUCCGCCCGAGAGAUUUGAUCGAGGAACUGAUCAAAAGCGGCCACCUCCGAAAGUUCAUUGAAGACGCAACACAGGGCCGAGUCGUCGUGCCUAAAAUCCCUAGGCAAGAACCACGAAAUACUCCCGGGUCAGGUAAAGAAUCUCCCAAAGGAAGGAUCUCUGUGAAUACAAUAGCAGGGGGAUUCUCAGGAGGAGGCGAGUCAAGCUCGACGAGGAAACGAUAUGUGCGCCGCGCAAUCUCAGAAAUAUACCUCGUGAGACAACCACAACCACUCGCCGUCCCGGAUUUGGCAUUCACGGUAAAGGAUGGACUUGAGGUGGCACCUCACGAUGAUGACCCUCUGGUAAUACAAGUCCAAAUCCUGAACUGCGACGUAAAGAGAGUAUUGAUUGACUCAGGAAGCUCAGCAGAUAUUAUGUACUGGGAGGCCUUUAAGGCCAUGCAAUUAGCAGAGGAGCAGUUGCAACCAUAUGCCGGAACUUUGGUUGGAUUUUCCGGAGAGCAGGUAGACGUAAUGGGCUACGCCUCGUUACUCACUACCUUUGGAGAAGGGAGUAACGCCAAAACCAUCAAGGUACGAUAUUUGGUAGUCAAAACUCCAUUCACCUCCUACAACAUUAUCAUAGGAAGACCCGCUUUCAACACCUUGGGCGCGGCCAUGUCCACCCUAUAUCUAGCGAUUAAAUAUCCUCUAGACAACGGAGAAGUAGGAACAGUUAGAGGCGAUCAAAUACUCGCCAAAAAGUGCUACGAGUCCAGUCUGAAGAUAAGACAUAAAACCUCCAAUUCAAGUGUAGUAUUUGAGGGAAGACAAACCACAGUUCCUGGUGGCAUAAACAUCAUUGAGAAUUCAGAUAUGGAUCCCAGAGAAGAGUUCCAAGACAAGAGAGUGAGCCCUAUAGAAGACCUGGAGCAAGUCCAAAUUGGCGAACACCCACACCAGACAACCAGUUUAGGGACAGCGUUAACUCACCAAGAGAGAGGGAAAAUCAUCAAAAUCCUGAAAGAUAACGCUGACCUAUUUGCGUGGAAGCCUUCAGACAUGCCAGGAAUAGAUGAAGGGGUGAUCACCCACAAGCUAUCGAUAUCGCCCAGCACUAAACCAAUCUCUCAAAGAAAAAGAAAGGUAGGAGAAGAAAGGCGAGCUGCGAUAGCAGAAGAAGUAGAGAAACUAAAAGAAGUUGGAUUCAUUGAGGAAAUAAAAUACCCUUCGUGGUUAGCAAACGUCGUCAUGGUGAAAAAGGCCAACGAAAAAUGGAGGAUGUGCGUAGAUUUUACGGAUCUGAAUAAGGCGUGUCUCAAAGACACAUAUCCUUUGCCCAACAUAGAUAGGUUGAUAGACGGCGCUUCUGGAUGCAAAAUGUUGAGCUUCAUGGACGCCUACUCCGGGUAUAAUCAAAUAAAGAUGAAUCCCGCAGACGCCCGCCACACAGCCUUUAUGUCUAACACCUGCAAUUAUUUUUACAACGUUAUGCCUUUUGGGCUGAAUAAUGCGGGGGCGACAUAUCAAAGGCUGAUGGACAGGGUAUUCUCCGAACAAAUAGGAAAGAACCUGGAAGUAUACAUUGAUGACAUGGUAGUGAAAACUUCCGAAGAGAACCAGCAUGACGAUGAUCUUUUAGACAUCCUGAGAUCGGUAAGGAAAUACAACAUGAGGUUAAACCCAGCAAAAUGUUCUUUCGGAGUGCAAGCAGGGAAAUUCCUAGGUUUCAUGCUCACCCACAGAGGAAUAGAGGCCAACCCUGAAAAAUGUCAAGCCAUCAUAGACAUGCGAAGUCCUACCUCCGUAAAAGAGGUUCAGAAGCUGACAGGAAGAAUAGCGGCGUUGUCCAGGUUCCUAUCAUGCGCAGGCGAGAAAGGUUUUCAUUUCUUUACAUCUCUAAAGAAAAAUGAAAGAUUUUCAUGGACGCCUGAGUGCGAGGAGGCUUUCAAACAAUUAAAAGAAUUCUUGGCAUCUCCGCCCAUCCUGACGCGCCCAUUACCAGGCAAUACUCUUUACCUUUAUCUUGCAGUUUCCGAUAGAGCCUUAAGUUCCGCUUUAGUUCAAGAGGUAGAGGGCGAGGAAAAACCCAUAUACUUCGUAAGUAGAACCCUUAGAGGAGCGGAGAUAAGAUAUCAAAGGAUCGAGAGGCUAUCUCUCGCGGUAGUUGUCACAGCCAGGAAGUUAAGACAAUACUUUCAAAGCCAUAAAGUAGUUGUUAGGACAGAUUACCCUAUUAAGAAUGUCCUCAGAAAGCCUGACUUAGCGGGAAGGAUGGUAGCGUGGUCCGUCGAGUUGUCAGAAUUUGACAUCACUUUCUCACCUAGAGGGGCCAUCAAGUCUCAAAGGUUGGCCGACUUUGUGUUAGAAAUGUCUACCCCGCCAAUAACUGAAAAAACUUCGCCUUGGACCCUAUCAGUUGAUGGAGCCUCCAACGUAAGGGGAAGUGGGGCUGGAAUAGUACUAAAAGGACCAGAUGGCGUUAUGAUAGAGCAAUCACUACGUUUCGCCUUUAAAGCUAGCAACAAUCAAGCCGAACACGAAGCUUUGAUAGCAGGAAUGAAGCUAGCGAAGGAUAUGGAAGUGAAGGAUGUGAAAGCCAUGAGCGAUUCCCAACUGGUUACCAACCAGGUAUCAGAGAAAUUUCAAACGAAGGAGCCACAGUUAAUCAAAUAUGUAGAGGGGGUACAAAAUCUAGCCAAAUGCUUCAACUCUUUUGAAUUAGUUUAUGUUCCCCGCGAGCAAAACAUGAGGGCAGAUUUGUUGUCAAAAUUGGCGAGCACGAAAAAGCCAGGAAGUCAUAAAACCGUUAUCCAAGAAACCAUCAAAACUCCCAGCAUUAGCGGGGAGGAUCUGAUGAUGGUAAUAGAAGAGGAAGAUUGGAGGUCGCCCAUAAUCCGAUACCUCCAAAAUGACGAACUCCCAAAGGAAAAGGAAAAGGCGUUCAAAUUAAAAAAGAUGGCGGCAUGGUACUCCAUGGUUGGGGAUAAGCUUUACAAGAGAGGAUUCGCUUCCCCCCUCCUUCUGUGUGUCAGCAAUGAAGAAGCAAAGCGCAUUAUGUCCGAGGUGCAUGAGGGUUCGUGCGACAGCCAUAUUGGUUCAAGAGCGUUAGCAAGAAAGUUAUUAAGAGCAGGUUUUUACUGGCCAGAUAUACAUGAUGAUACCGCCAUGUACGUAAGAAACUGCGAUAAAUGCCAGCGACACGCUAAUUUAGAUCACGUCCCAGGAGAGCCACUGAAGUCAGUAUUAUCCCCAUGGCCUUUUUUCAUGUGGGGCGUGGAUAUCAUUGGUCCAUUUCCAGUUGGGUACAAACAAGCGCGAUGGAUCAUCGUCGCCGUGGAUUAUUUUACAAAAUGGAUAGAAGCAGAGCUAGUAUCCAGUAUUUCGGCGGAACAGGUUAAGAUCUUUUAUUGGAAGAAAAUCAUUUGCAGAUUCGGAUUGCCCAAGUAUAUUGUAUCAGAUAACGGCACCCAGUUCGCCAGUGAAAGUGUCGUAGAGUUCUGUCGAAACAAGGGAAUCCAAAAUACCUUCAUAUCGGUGGAGCAUCCUCAAACUAACGGAUAA